UAGAAGCCAUUUCAUAGCACAAAUAACAAAAAAAAAAUAGCAACCAAGAAGGCCGAGUCUGUGAACUCUUUUCGUAAACUGACACUUGCAAAAUGAACGAAAUCUUUCUUUGGCUCCUGAGGUUUCUAAUUUUAGCCGCGCUGCUGAUGCCGCCUGCCCAGACUCAAUCUCCGCAGCAAAUACAACAAGUACUUGGCAUUGGUUUGGAGAAUCUCAUAUUGUCUUCGCUCUAUAAUGAUGCGCCGCACCAAAAUGCCUCUUACGACUUCAUCAUAGUUGGCGCAGGUCCAGCUGGUUGUGUACUUGCCAAUCGCUUGUCGGAGAACCCCAACUGGUCUGUGUAUCUUAUCGAAGCCGGCGGCGUUGAGGGUAUUUUCCAUCAAAUGCCUGUACUCGCCGCCUUCCUGCAAGGCACACACUCCAAUUGGGGUUACAGGUCAACGCCACAGAAACGUGCUUGCUACGGCAUGAAUAAUAACGAGUGUUUCCUACCGCGUGGUAGGGUGUUGGGCGGUACGAGCUCCAUCAAUUAUAUGAUCUACAACCGUGGCAAUAAACGUGAUUUUGAUCGUUGGGCGGCGGCGGGUAAUAAAGGCUGGUCGUAUGAAGAAGUGUUGCCCUAUUUCCUCAAAUCGGAGUCGGCCAACUUGGCUGGCUUGGAGAACUCACCUUAUCACAAUCACACCGGUCCGUUGAGCGUAGAGGAUGUACAGUAUCGUACGCCGGCAGCGCAUGCAUAUGUACGUGGCGCGCAGCAGGCGGGACACGCGCGCACUGAUUACAAUGGCGAGUCGCAAAUGGGCGUUUCCUAUGUGCAAGCGAACACUUUGCGUGGCCGGCGUCAUAGCGCAUAUCGCGCUUACAUCGAACCAAUACGCUAUGAACGCAAGAAUUUGCAUAUCGUUACUAUGGCGCGUGUAACCCGUGUGCUGAUUGAUCCCGUCACAAAGCGUGCAUCUGGCGUGGAGCUCAUGUACCGCAACAAAUACUACAAGGUGCGGGCACGUAAGGAGGUCAUUCUCUCAGCAGGCGCCUUCAAUUCACCACAAUUACUAAUGCUAUCUGGUGUUGGGCCAGCGGACAAUCUCAACGCAAUUGGUGUGCCCAUUGUAAAAGAGCUGCCGGUGGGCAAACUGCUCUACGAUCAUAUGUGCCACUUCGGUCCAACAUUCACUGUUAACACAACUCGCCAGCUGCUUAACAUUGCCUACAUAAAUGCCACAAUAGUAAAAUCAUAUUUGCUCGGCAAUCCAAGCACUAUGCUCUCAUCUAUUGGUGGCGUGGAGGCGUUAACAUUUCUGAAGGUACCGAGCUCGAGCGAGCCCUCGGAUAUGCCGGAUAUGGAGAUUAUCACAGUUGCGGGCAGUUUGGCGGCCGAUCAGGGCACAGGACUCAAGCAAGGCGCCAACUUUAAGGACGAACUCUAUGAUAAAGUUUACCGACCAUUAGAAAUUUCUAUGCAAGAUCAUUUCAGUUUCCUCAUCAUGCAAUUUCAUCCAAAAUCUGUCGGUCGACUUUGGUUGCACAAUCGUGAUCCCUUCGAACGGCCACGCAUAAAUCCUAAAUAUUUUUACAAUCCCAACGAUGUGCAGUUCAUGCUGGAAGGUAUUAAGGAGGCCAUACGCAUUACACAAACACCGGCCAUGCAGGAGUUGGGAACACGCAUACUCGAUACCCCUUUACCCGGCUGCGAGCAAUACACCUUCGGCACAGACGACUACUGGCGUUGUUCCAUACGCACUAUGUCAUACACACUCCACCACCAGGUGGCCACUUGUCGCAUGGGCCCGGAAAGCGAUCCCACCACUGUGGUUAAUGCCGAGCUAAAGGUGCACGGCAUACAGCAUUUGCGUGUAGUAGACACCAGCAUAAUACCAUUUCCACCUACGGCGCACACCAACGCAGCAUCGUUUAUGAUCGGAGAGAAAGCAGCCGAUAUGAUACGCGGCGAUUGGCAAUGAGUGGGGCGAAGAGUGGGAAAAGAGUGAAAGUGUGGUGUGGUUUCUGGUUAAUUAAUAUAUUUUACGGUUAAUUUGCAUAAGUUUUUAUUUUUUAAAUUUAGGUUAAGUGCUCAAUCCAGCAGGGGCUAAGGAGCGCAGA